UCUAGAGGGUGUCAAUGUAGUAUGACGGUGGUUAGUAUACACAGACCUUUGUCAUUAAAUCUAAAACACUAUCCUUAUUUGGGCUGUCGCUCUCAAAGAUAGCGAGCACAUCGUUGACGUAGCCGUGUUGCUUCUUAAAGUUGUCGUAGUCUUCCUGCGACAGUUUCGGUGGCUUGUUAUUAUCAAGGUAGUCUGGGUACUUUCAAGGGUUAGAUAGCAGUUCUAUAGUUAUAAUCUACGGGAUACGAACUUUCGUAGAGAGCUCCUUCAAGGGCUCGUAUAGGAUGUCUUUGCUGAGUAACUCAGUCAUAACAGAUUCUAAAAUGCUGUCUAAAUUAUCAUCAUCAUCGUCAUCAUCAUUCUCGUUAUUUUUAUUUAAAGAGAGAGAUUCCAAAGUCUGGUUUAUAACGUUAUCAAAAUUAUUUUUAUCUUGCGUAUUUUUAUUGUCAAAUUCGUCUAAUAUACCAUCAAACUCGUCAUCGGAUGACAUUUCAACUUGAACGACCAAGAGAGGAAUAAAAUUUAGAGAUGAAAUGUUUUUAAAUAAAUUUUACCAGCCAAUACAACUAAACCAACAAAAUAACCUUAUUAACCCCUUUUGGCAGGAGCAACUCGUUAGAGCUGAAGCUAUCAGAUCUUCCUCUUCCCCUCAUCAUAGGGCUAGAGCUGCUGCUUUGGCUCAACGCGGUCAACAAUCCUCUGCAAUUGCCAUCCUCGAUCCAUCCAGACGCAUGUCUACACCGAAACAAAAUUCAGCCAGUUUAAACCAGGUCUCUCCUACUACACCCAACGCUCACCCUUCAGCAUCAAACGUACCAUCUAAUAGCUCAGACAAGCUCUCGAGUAAUUCGAGCUGGAUGGCAUUGGAUUUGGGUGGCAUGCAACUAAAGUCCUUAUCGCCAAGUUUAUUCACUUAUCAAUUCAUCACUAACCUCUUCAUCAAUCACAAUAACCUCACUUUCAUUCCACCUGAAAUCUAUAAACUCAACCAACUGGUUUUAUUAGAUCUUUCCGGCAACAACCUUUCCUCUCUACCAGCUGAAUUAGGUUUAUUAUCGCGUCUUAGGGAGCUUUUACUCUUUGAUAAUAACUUAGUUUCCAUACCUUCCGAAUUAGGCACUCUUUAUCAACUUGAAUUCCUUGGUAUAGAUGGCAACCCUCUGGCUGAAUCUUUUAGGCAAUUAAUUCAGAAAGAAGGUACACCUGCUCUCAUCGCCUACUUACGUGAUUCUUGUCCUGUCUCUACUGGACCUCCUGAGCGUGAGUGGCUCGCAAUGGAAACUGACCUUCCUUCACCAAAAGAGGACGAUCCUCCUCCUGAAACUUUCUCUUUGCUUUGUUACAACAUUCUUUGUGACAAGUACGCUACUUCUCAAAUGUACGGAUACACCCCUUCGUGGGCUCUCAAUUGGGAUUAUAGAAAAGAAAUUUUACUUCAAGAGAUUAUGGGCUUUUCUGCCGAUAUUGUUUGUCUACAGGAGGUUGACAUUGAGCAAUAUGAAGAUUUCUUUUUAAAUCAAUUAUCACAGCAUGAUUAUAGAGGUGUUUACUCUCAAAAAUCACGCGCGAAGACAAUGUCUGAAAAUGAGAAAAAGAGAGUUGACGGUUGUGCUACUUUCUUUAAAGCUUCAAAGUAUCAACUAAUUGAAUCUGAAGUUAUCGAAUUCUCUCAAGUCGCUUUACAACGAUCAGAUUUCGCCAAAACCGAGGAUAUGUUCAAUAGAGUUUUAACAAAAGAUAACAUAGCAAACGUUGCAUUAUUAGAGAAUAUAGAAUCUGGUACAAGAUUGAUAGUCGCUAAUGUCCACAUUCAUUGGAAUCCCGAAUUUAGGGAUGUAAAAUUAGUACAAGUCGCAAUUUUAAUGGAUGAAAUUGAGAAAAUUUCAAAAAGAUUCUCAACUCUUCCGCCAAAACUUAACGUGCAAUCAGGUAAAAAAGGUCCUGUCUACACUGAUAUGUCAAAAAUUCCUUUAAUAGUAUGUGGUGACUUUAACAGUGUACCAAAUUCGGGUGUAUACGAAUUCUUAGGAAAAGGUUAUGUCGAUAGAAAUCAUGAAGAUUUCAUGGAACAUCAAUAUGGAGCAUUCACAACUGAAGGUAUGAGACAUAAGUUUGCAUUAAAAUCAAGUUAUGCAAAUAUUGGUGAAUUGCCGAUGACAAACUACAUACCUGGAUUCGAAGAAGUUAUAGACUACGUAUGGUAUACUCAAAACACACUCUCGGUCAUAGGACUUUUGGGAGAAGUUGAUCAGUCUUAUCUUAACAAAAUUGUUGGAUUCCCUAAUGUGCACUUCCCUUCAGAUCACUUGUCUCUCUUCACUGAGUUUAGACUUCGUCCACCAUCACAUAUCACAGAUGUAUCUCGACAAAAGUGAGCAAGCAAGUUUUUAAUUUAAGUAACAUUAUUACGCAAAGCCACCCAUUCCUCAUUUUGUAUUUUUUCAAUUUCGAUUUAUAUACUUUACAUA